AUGAGCGCCGGUGACCUGCAGCCCAGCUCCCCUGCCAGCCCGCAGCCCCGCCGGGCCCGGGAGGCGCCCGACAUGGCCGUGUACUGCGCCGAGCCCUUCGGCGCCUACCCGCAGCCCGGCGCCGCGGCCGCCUCCUCCACUCAGCGGCCGGCCGCCUACGCCCUGGCGGACUACGGGGCGCCUGCCAACGCCGGCUACCUGUGGGGCGUGAGCGGCCCAGCCCCGUACCUGCAGGGCGGCCCCGGGCCGGCCGCCCCCUUCCUGCCGCCGGCCUCCUACGGCUGCUCGCGGGGCGCCCCCUCCGCGCCGGGCUCGCCCUCGCCCGCGGCGGCCGAGCUGAGCUGGCUGAGCCUGGCCGGGCAGGAGGAGCUGCUGCGCCUGGUGCGGCCGCCCUACUCCUACUCGGCGCUGAUCGCCAUGGCCAUCCAGAGCGCGCCCGGCCGCAAGCUCACGCUGAGCCACAUCUACCAGUACGUGGCCGAGAACUUCCCCUUCUACAAGCGCAGCAAGGCCGGCUGGCAGAACAGCAUCCGCCACAACCUCAGCCUCAACGACUGCUUCCGCAAGGUGCCCCGCGACGAGGACGACCCGGGGAAGGGGAACUACUGGACCUUAGACCCAAACUGUGAGAAGAUGUUUGACAAUGGGAAUUUCCGGCGCAAGCGCAAACGGCGCUCUGAGCCUAACGCCUCCACUGUGGUGUCCUCUGGGGGGGGCCUGAAGGCUGAGGAAGGGCGUCCCAUCCCGGCUGCUGCAGGCAAGCCCUGUGGAAACAGCCCCUCCCCAGAGCUGGAACUAUCACCUGCCAGGGACCAUCCCAAAAGCUCCUCUUCUCCGGGCAUCGUCUCUGCCACCCCGGGCUGCCUGGGCACCUUCUUCAGUAGCAUGAGCUCACUGAGCAGUGGAGGGAACCGCCUGGCAGGAGGCUUCAGCAGGGAGCUGCACCAUCGGAACUUCCCCACUGGGCAGAUGAGUGGUGGCACCUUCACUGCCUCCUCCAGCAGCUCCUCCCAGGAGGUGCACCCACCAGACCAGCUGCAGCGAGUUCCAGGGCCCACUGCUGCCUAUUACAACUCCUUCCACCCCAGCAGCAGCAGCAGCAGCAGCAGCCAGGCCACCCAAUACAACCGUUACUACAACUUCACAGUCAACAGCCUCAUCUACGCCCGGGAUGGCACCGAGGUGUAG